ACCUCCUUCUUCACACAGCUCUACACACCUUCACUCGAAACAAACAAAACAGCACCACUUUCCUCUCUCUCUCUCUCUAAAAUCCACCAUUUUUCCGGUUAAACCCGCCGGGAAAAGCCUAUCAGCUCUGCCGUUCUCUUCCUCUUUCUCUGAUGCUUUCGAUUUCGGAGCAUCCGUCUAAAGAGCCCCAACUCAAAAGGCCCAAAAGUCCGGACCCGCUCAACUCCUUCAACUCACUCCUCCAGCAUAUCCACCACCCUCGCACAUGCCUACUCUUCGCCAUACUCGCCCUCCAGGUCCUGCUCCUCUUCACUCUUCGCUCUCUCCCUUUCUCUCGCCAACAUUUUUCUCCGCCGAACUCCCUUAAACCCGAACCCUUACCAGUACCUGAACCUGAAGACCGAUGCGGGUCGGGCCGGGUCUUCGUCUACGACCUCCCCAAAACCCUCAACCAAGAGAUUUUACAAAAUUGCGACGACCUCAACCCGUGGAGCUCGCGCUGCAAAGCCUUGGCGAACGAGGGGCUCGGCCAGCAGGCGACGGGAAUCGCCGGAGUCGUGCCAGAGAAUCUCGCUCCGGCGUGGUACUGGACGGACCAGUUCGUUUCGGAGGUGAUUUUCCACAAUCGGAUCCUGAACCAUAAGUGCCGGGUCAUGGAGCCAGAAUCGGCCACGGCGUUCUACAUCCCCUUCUACGCUGGACUCGCGGUGGGCAAGUACUUGUGGUCGAACUCCAGUACCGCACAGGACCGCGACCGCCACUGCGAGAUGAUGCUUAGGUGGGUCCAGGACCAGCCGUACUACAAAAGAUCCGAGGGCUGGGAUCAUUUCAUCACGAUGGGGCGGAUCACGUGGGACUUUCGACGGUCCAACGACCAAGAUUGGGGGUCACGCUGCAUUUACCUCCCCGGCAUGAGAAACAUCACGCGUCUCCUGAUUGAGCGAAACCCGUGGGACUAUUUCGACGUCGGUGUUCCCUACCCCACCGGAUUCCACCCCAGGUCAGACUCCGACGUCGCCGAGUGGCAGAGCUUCGUCCGUACGCGCAACCGCACGAAGCUAUUCUGCUUCGCCGGAGCGAAACGCGGCGCGAUAAAGAAAGACUUCAGAGGGCUUCUGCUGAGUCACUGCCAGAGCGAGUCAGAGUCGUGCCGAGUAGUGGACUGCUCGGGGACCAAGUGCUCGAACGGCACCUCAGCGAUCCUCGAAACGUUUCUGGACUCGGAUUUUUGUUUGCAGCCGAGAGGCGAUAGCUUCACGCGGAGGUCGAUUUUCGACUGCAUGGUGGCCGGUUCGAUCCCGGUCUUCUUCUGGAAGCGAACCGCUUACAUACAGUACGAGUGGUUUUUACCGGGCGAACCGGAGAGUUACUCCGUUUACAUAGACCGUAACGCCGUUACAAACGGGACGUCGAUAAAGAACGUGCUUCAGGGGUUAAGCAGAGAGGAGGUUGAAAAAAUGAGAGGGAAAGUGAUCGAUUAUAUACCCAAGUUUUUGUAUGCGAAACCUCAGGAGGGUUUGGAGAGUGUGAAAGAUGCUUUCGAUAUUGCGCUGGAAGGGGUGUUGAGGAGGUUCAAGGAGCACGGUGAGUGGGGGUUCAGAUGGAAAUGAAAGAAAUGGCGGUAAAUUUUUAUUUAUUUUUUGCACUUUUUUUAAUAUCUUAUAAUUUUAUUUGGGUCACAUAAAUUGGAUGGAUAAGGAUUUUCCCAGAUUGUAGGGGAAAAGGGUUAAUGGGCGUUGGGAAGUAGUUAUUAGUUGUUACAGUUUGUAUCUAAUUCUUUUGCUACAUUAUAGUUUGUAUACAGUUGAGUGAUAUAUUUAGUCACUACGAGUUCAAUGUAAUGAGUAGCUGUAGCUGGUGAAGUGAUAAUGUAGCGCCACACCCACACACACACUGGUGUGGUCCAUAUUGUUCGGUUGGAGGUGGACGGGAGCAUGGCAUGGAUAGAGAGAGAGAAUCAAUAUAAAUGGCUUUUUUUUU